GAGCUUCUCUGCCUUAGAAGACCGUGUAACGGAAUUAUUCUCUCCUUCUGGCACUUUCUUUGUGAGAGACAGACGUGUUUUUGGUGAGAGAAAACGAGUUAGUUAGCGAUACAUUGCGAUAGUUUGUGAUUUACGAUUUUUAAAAUUUUAAAAAUUUCUACGAUUUUUACAAUUUUUACGAUUUUUACAUUUGAUUCAGUUUUACGAUUGAUUUAGCUUUACAAUUGACUGAUUGACUGAUUGUCAAUCCCAGAGCAAACGCUGGGAUUGACAAUCCCAGCGUUUGCUUUACGAACCCGUGCAAACGAAGAAGCUAUGAACGACUCCACCAGUUCAGGGGCUCCAGAAGUCCCAGCAGACUUUAUGAUACCAUUGAUGGAAGAUUUCUUUUCGUCCAUCUCAAUGGAGCAGACCGUGGAUUUGGCCGUAGGAGAACCCAAUGAUGACACCUUAUCUAAGCUAAAGGAGCUGGUGUUGGAUGUUGCCAAUCUAUGUACCGCCUUCAUCUACAAAGCACGCUUCACAUCUGGGGAUGUGGAAACCGUUGUGGGCAAGUCAGUACUAACAUCGUUUCUAGACUUCCUUAACAUGCGUCCAACCACUCAACCCAAGAGCUUUGACACCUUCAACAAGCAAUUAGUCAAACUUGUCAAAGAAAAAGUGAGCUAUGUCCUCGGCCCCAUGGAUGAUCAAUUAGCUUUUUAUGUCUCUGAGAUGGACAGACUGGAUAUAAUGCUUCCACAUGCAGAGAUACUAAUAGAGGAACUGUUAGCUGAGAGGUGUAUACAACAUCAGCAGAGGAAGCAAAAUGUUGCUGAAGAUCAGCUAGAUGCCCUCAAUAGCCAGCAGACAGAAGAGCUUCAGCCCAUCGGUUUUGAUCGGGGUGAUUCCCAGACUGUGGAGGAAAAACCCACUCAGAGAUCUCGGGGGUCCCUCCGUAGGUACCACCAUUUGUGGUUUGAGAUGUUACCGGUGAUCCCAGAGGAACCAGAACUCGAGGAGGCAGAAGCAGAGAUCAACGAGGAGAGGGAUUUUAUUCCUGAGGACAAGGAAUCAGAUCUGAAGCUGGUGGAUGAAUUCAUUUCUGAGGAGCUUUCAGCGAUGAACAAGGUGAAUUAUUUUAUCUCUAAAGAAAAUAAAUCAGAUCUUUAGAUGGUGGAUUGAUUUACAUCUGCCGAGAUUUGUGAAAUGAUGAAGGUAAAUUAUUUUCCGUCUAAGGAAAAGGAGUUGGAGCUGAAGCUGGUGGACGAAUUCAUUUCUGAAGAGCUUUCAGCGAUGAACAAGGAAAAGGAGUUGGAGCUGAAGAUGGUGGACGAAUUCAUUUCUGAGGAGCUUUCAGCGAUGAACAAGGAAAGGGAGUCGGGGUUGAAAAUAGUGGAAAAAUUCAUCCCUGAGGAGCUUUCAGAGAUGAACAAGGAGUCAGAGCUGAAGAUGGUGGACAGAUUCAUCUCUGAGGAGGUUUUAGGAGUGAGCAAGGAUAAGAAGUCAGAGCUGAAGAUGAUGAACACAUCCAUCACUGAGGAACCAUCAGAGGUCAAAGAGAUCAAAAAGAUCAUCUCUCAACAAUGUUUACAGACCCAAGAUAUCUCAGAGGAUAUCACUGAACCCUGUAAAAAUCAAGGGUUGAAUGACAGAGCUGUUCCAGUAAUCACAGCAAAACCGCAGAACAAAGGAGUUGGAGUGAAGAUCAAAACGUUCCUUCAAAAGUACAGUCAGUGACGAUACAAGAGAGUUGAACCGCAGCAGUCGUUGGCUGUUAAAGAGGAACCCAGUGAGGAGGAGACGGAUGUCGCAGGGCUGAAACAAUCAGUGUCUGAGGAGCAGACACUUGACAUCUUGAGAGCGGUCUCUGGAAAGACUGGCUGGUCACAGGCCGACCGCUUUAUCUUGCUAGAUAAACGGAAUGCAAACGUAGAGAAGGCAACACCUUCUCUUUGUAAAGAGAAAAUACUGAAGACAGCAGAGAAACCCAUCCUCAAAAGGGUUUUCUCUUUUGUCGGCAAAGCCCUCUCCAAGCCCUUUAAAAAGUCCUGAGGGCCACCUGAAGUGGUCCGGUUAAACCGGGCAGGUUUCCAACAACUUUGGAAACAAUCAACACAGCUACAUUCACUGACAAAUCUUUUCACCCAGUCUUCACCAAGUCAGCACCCAAUAGUCAUGGUCUGAAUCGGACAUUAUUUCAUCCACAGGCAGAUAGAUGAACGAUGGGUGUCAAAAAUGGUGACUCCAGGAGGCCGCUACGUCAGAAAGGGCCACCAGAGAGCAUGAGUGGUGGCACGGUGAGUGAAGCAGUGGUGUCACAGGCAGCUACCGGAGCGUCCAGCAGUCAGUCGGAGCAGCAGGUGAAGGUCAGUGAACACAGAGUCUGUCUCGCAGGCUCCUUAGAUAGCAUCACCAGCACUUGAUGGAGUUGGAUAGGGUUUGUGUUGUAGGUUCAUGUGAAGGUGGGUUGUAGAGAUGCAUUAACCUAGCUGAUGGAGCAUUCAGAUGUCCUGGUGAACAAUGAUGGAACCAGACAUCUGUAAGCCCCUCAUGCUACGUAUUUAGGCUGUUUGGGAGUUUUUCUGUUACCAUUGGUGGACAUGUGAGGUGUACAGAUGAUGAUAUUACCCCCACCACACACACACAAACUCAAACACAUUAAGAGUCUAGUGACUGGAACCUGGGCUGGACUAUGGAGACUGGACCCUAGGCAGGACUAUGGAGACUGGAACCUGGGCAGGACUAUGGAGACUGGAACCUGGGCUGGACUAUGAAGACUGGAACCAGGACUGGACUAUGAAGACUGGACCCUAGGCUGGACUAUGAAGACUGGACCCUAGGCAGGACUAUGGAGACUGGAACCUGGGCAGGACUAUGAAGACUGGAACCUGGGCUGGACUAUGGAGACUGGA